UGGUUUACCCUUGUUUCCUGCCCCUGUGUGAUCACUUAGGGGUAGCUUGUAUAGUUGCUAUGGAAACCAGUAACCAUUGUUGUGUCCAAGGUAGUCGCAUAUGACGCCACCUGCGAGAUGGACGUGCUAUCCCAUUACAGUUCGCCAGUAAUUGAAUUUCCGGCUACACAUCCGAUAGAGAAACAAAAUGCACUGGUGGAUAACUGCACUGGGACAGAUCCGCCACCUCCAAGUGCCGAGGUAGGCACUGCCACACAGGAGAAGCAGCAUGUGGCAACUCAAACGGAGCAGGUUUGCGCCAGUGGCAACGUUGAAUACGAUGAGCGUGCCUUGGCCAAGUGGCUUCGACAGAUAUGUCCACUGGUGGAACGGGAGCUAAGUCAACCAACGCCCCUAAUGGAUGAAGAGCAGCAGGGAAGUCAGUGUACGUUGCAGGAGCAGUUGCAAGUGCACAUCUAUCAGAAUCUAACAAUGGGCAGCAUUGAGAACUCUCAGGGAUUGGCCAUUUGGUUAUGUGUGCACACGAACAAUGCCCCAGUUUUGGUUGCCACAUCUGUCGCUCCCCACGAUGACUGGUGUGAGCAUGUGGAUCAGGAACUGAAACUCUUUGUGCCCCAGCGUGUCUCCCAUGGCAACUUUGUGGUCUACACCGAGGCCAAGACUUUGCCCCUGAAGUCAUGUCUGCGUAGUCUGUCCACAAAUGGUUUUAAUAAGAAUAUGUUCGCUGGUGCCACCAUGGAUGGAGAGCUCUUUGUCUGGGUUUACGAGCAGGCACGUGGUGGCAGCGACACCAAUGUGGAAAUAAAGCAGCUGCACAGCGUCUCCUCCACACAAGGUGCCGCCGUGGCACUGGAUUGGGUCACCGAAGAGCGUCUGCUCGCCUGCUAUCCUAAUGGAACUGUGCUGCAGUGGUUAGUGUCCAAGCAGAUGACCCUGGACUGGGAAUACUCCUUGCCAGCUACAGUUGCCGUCGAACUGACGACUAUGGUCUCCCUCGGACUAAAUGACUUUGUACUGGGCACCAAUGAUGGUGGCGUCUAUCGCUGCUGGAGCACGGGUCGCCACGCCGCCUCUUCUGAUAGAUCAUCCAGCAAAGCGUUGCAGUUGUUGGCCUUGCGUCGUCAUCGCUUCAUGGUGUCCACAUUGCUGAGAACUGAAAUGGAUGGACAUCCGAUUGUUAUCAGCUGUGAUCUGAGUGGACAGGCCUAUUAUCACGAUAUGCGACAUGAGGAUGAGGACACUGCUCAGUUGAUUGUCCAAAUCCCUUUGCCCUUUAAGAAUGCCAUCGCCUGCAGCCGUGAUGCCAAUAUCAUCUACUGUCCCAGCACUGACGGCGCCUUGGAAUAUUACAGGGUCAGUGAUGGUGCCCACGCCCAUGUCAAAGGAGCUCUACGUGGACGUGGUAACCUUAUUAAAAUUAGUGACAAUGGUUGCUGGUUAAUCACGGGACUUUACGGCUCCGAAUUUCAGAUAUUCUACAUUGAAAACAAUUUAAGAGAUUAGCAUUAAUGAAAUCAUUUUAUAAUAUUGAAUUUCGAUUACAAUUUACG